AUGGCGACGUCGGCGGCUGGACUGGUCGUACUGCCGGCGCCAGACAGGGGUCUUCGGCGGAUGUUCGACCUUACUGGCUAUGCAGGCAAACCCUCGUUCUCUGCGCGAAAAGGCACUUGUGGUGAGCCUGUUGAUGACUCUUGGCAAGACAUCAUCGGGGAACACCGGCGUCCAAAGGUCUCAUCGUUGACCUCCGGGUCCGGGAUGGCUGGCGUCGAGGCCGGCCGCAUGAACGAGAUUCACCAGCACACUCGAAAACGUGUGGAUCCGGGUAAAGGCUGCAGUGACAAAGUCAGGGAUCUUCUGUCCUGCACACCCGUGCAGCGCAGAUAUUCUGAAGGCUUUCUCCCUACGGAGAAAGGAGGUUGUGCUGCAGGACAGGUGCCGUCGUAUCCGGCGGUCCGACCCAGCAAGCGGUCGUAUCUGCGGGUCUGCGCGGGAGAUCUGCCAGACCAGAGAAGGCAUUUUCAGACACGGUGGCAAGCCAUCGACGGGAAAAUGGAAUUCUGCACAUGCAGAAAAGGCGGCAGUGCGAGUGUAGAGUUCGACUACGAGCUGCUCGACCGAGAAGCUACAUAUCACACCUGGAAACGCAUGCAGGGAGCGUACAAUCGUCGAGGAAGAAGCAACCUGCAAUGGGACCGCUUCCUCACGGUCGAAUCUGAUGCACAACGAAGCGAUCGACUUCCAGAUGUGAAAAACCGGUCGCCACCGUUUGCAAACCCCGACGGACCCUUCGAAACGCGUGACGUCAGACGCCAUCCAAUGGAAGUUGGCAGUCUGGAUAGAACGCUCUGCCCUCGCAAGGGAGAACAGACAGCAGACAACCAAGCGAAGGGAAAGGCUCCCGGCGCCGCAGCUUCGUAUCUCCAGAAAAGCCACUUUCAGACGUCUUCCUUGACGCCUGUCCCCGACACGAAGCCGCGAUCGCAUUACAGAAAAUCAGUAUACGGUAACGUUAACGCCGAAGACUCCAUGUACUACAUAUUGCGAGAAGGAGUCGGUGGAUGUACGAACCGACCGUCGACACUUGAGAAACAAGAGCGCCCCGCCCAAGUCGCACAGCUGGGAGCCUCAGCCCCCGAACAGCCGCAGCAGAUCCAUCAGCACCAAGGGAUCCAGCGGCAGACGCCACACUCUGAAUAUGGGGUUUCCCCCAGCGAAUUUCAGGCUGCUUCGGAGCCAAGCAGCGACAGGCUGUAG